AUGGCCGCCAUGAAGUCUCUCUCUGUUCUGGCUGCACUGCUGACGUGGGCCAACGCCUUGGACAAUGGAGUUGGCCGCCUCCCUGCCAUGGGAUAUGAUACGUUCAACGCCUUCUCUUGCGACUACACUGCAACGAGUGUGCUCGGUCAAGCGAUGGCGAUGCAGCAGCGUGGACUAGUUGAUGCAGGCUACAACAUCUUGAUCCUGGACGACUGCUACGCUCUGAGGAACCGCAGUGCCAACGGCUCAAUGGUCGCUGAUCCUAGCAAGUUCCCCAGUGGUAUCCCGGCGUUCUCGAAACAAGUCAACGAGCUUGGUAUCAAGCUUGCCGCUUAUGGUGACAAUGGGUACGAGACAUGUGCUGGGUACCCGGGCUCGUACGGACGAGAGCUUCAGGAUCUGGAGACGUGGCACUCUUGGGGCAUGUCGUACCUGAAGUACGACAACUGCUAUAUCCCGUCCGACAACAUCACCCAAAAGGGCGAAUAUGGCCGAUAUACGCGCAUGGCAGACGCGAUUGCUCAGUUCGCUGCCAAGACUGGAGAAUCUCCGUUCCUGUUCUCUUUGUGCGAGUGGGGCUGGAACCAACCAUGGGUCUGGGGCAAGAAGCUCUCGCAAUCCUGGCGUAUCGAUGGCGACAUCAAGCCUUACUGGUCAGCGAUCGCCGCCAUCAUCGACCAGGUCUCGUUCCAAUACUGGUCUUCCGACUUCUACGGCCACAAUGACAUGGACAUCUUGGAAGUCGGCAACACCGGACAAGGAUCACCACCUGGCAAUCUGACGUACGAAGAGUCAAAGAGCCAUUUCACCGCCUGGGCAUUGAUGAAAUCGCCAUUGAUCAUUGGUACCGAUCUGUCAAACGCCACCGACGAGACCUUUGAGAUCCUCGGCAACCUAGAUCUGAUCAAGAUCAACCAGGACCCGAACUCUGGCGAGUCUAUCAGUCCGUUCCGCUGGGGUGUUGGUGCCGACUACGUUAGCGACCCAAACCAUCCCGCCGAGUACUGGUCUGGAAACUCAAGCUACGGCGUCGUCUUCAUGAUCCUGAACAGCCAAGAUACGAAUGCAACAAUGAAGUUCAACCUGACCGAAAGCUGGGCGAUACAGGCCGGCAGGCAGUACAGCGUGUAUGAUAUGUGGCAGCACAAGGAGACAGGCAUCGCGGUUCGCAACAUGACGUUCGACUUGCCUCCGCACGGUGUCGCCGCCUUGCUUCUGAACGAUGCUGGCCCCGAGCCGAGCUAUCUGAACGGGUCUUGCGCGUUGUACUAUCAGUGUGCGUUCCCAAACGGAACCUACAUCUCGAAUUAG